AUUUAGCGAUUGGGAUAGUUCAUUGUCUUUUCGAAUUUUAAGAAAGAAGGGGUAAUUGACACUAACACAGGAGGAGAUUACAUCGCGGGAUAUACCAUUCUCCUCCACGUCGGAGGUUUGGUACUAAACGUCUCCUAAGUAUUACCCUUUAAGAUUUUGAAGAAUGGAAGGUUCAGGCAGUUUAUCCAACGCAGGAAAUUUUGGAUCUAUUGGAAGACAAUCACAAGCUUCCCAAAAGAACAGGGAGAAUAGUAUUUCUCCUCCAAGUAAUAUGCACCAUCACAGUGCUUCUUUAAAUAAUCUUCUCAUAGAUGAGCAACCAGCUUGGCUCGAUGAUCUCCUAAGCGAGCCAGCGUCACCUAAGAUCAACAAAGGUCAUAGGCGUUCAGCUAGUGACACAUCUGCCUACUUAAACUCAGCUUUUAUGCCUUUUAGAGAAGAUGACCUUCUGAAUAGUCAUUUUUCUGGGCCAUCUGGGAUAGUGCAGAACAUUAAUCGGCAUGAUGAUUUGUGGCAGCCUAACUCUUACGACAACCACGGUAAAUUGGGAUGGGAGUUUUCUAACAAAAAUGGAACUAAUUUCCAAACACAUGUGUCAUGGGGAGCUGUAAAUAAAGCAGGUACCUCUGCCUCGAAAUCAGCUGAAACACAAGUAAGUAAAAUGAAAGAAGGCUCUUUCACAAAACCAGACGGUCCUGGAUCAAAAACUGACUCUAAACGUAUCAAACACCAAAAUGCUCACCGGGCACGUCUAAGGAGGCUUGAGUACAUAUCAGAUUUGGAAAGAACCAUCCAAGUGCUACAAGCUCAAGGAUGUGAAAUGUCAUCUGCCAUACACUACUUGGAUCAACAGCUAGUCAUGCUUAGCAUGGAAAAUAGAGCAUUAAAACAACGUCUGGAUAGUUUAGCAGAAAUCCAAAAGCUUAAACAUGUCGAGCAACAAUUCCUUGAAAGAGAGAUAGGAAAUCUGAAGUUUCGAAAGCACCAACAACAACCACAACAGAAUCAGAAACAAAUGCAGCAGAACCGAUACGACUACCGCCCACCCGCCACACAGGAACCCGAGUCCCAGUUUGCAGCCUUGGCAAUAUGAUUUAGGAAAUUCUGGAUCCAGUUCCAGUUAACUUUCUCACUAUGCUCUAUAAUAAGAUCUUAUAUUUUUUUUCUCAAUGUUCAUAUACGAUAGGUAAGCCCAGUAAAGUUUGCAGUCUUGAAUGAAUGCCUGAGAAAAGUAUAGUAACAUAUAUAAUAAUGUGGAUGUUCAAGUUCUUCUCUUUUUAUUUAAUUAUUUUUAUUGAAGAUGUGUAAGAGAAUUUCGUCUAUGAAACAGCUCUACCAUGUUAAUUAUGUUGUAAUAAUAUAUAUAUAUAUAUACUGAAGACUUUGAUUCUCUUCUCUUCUUGCCACCUAAGAAAAUAGUGAAAGGAGAGAUUGACACCUGCCCCUCAAUUUAUGUGGGUUUCGUUUUCGUUUUGAGCCUUAAUUUUGCUCCACUCAUACAGCCCGCAGAUAGUAUCAUUAACCGUAAACGCGGCUGUAAGUAUUGUUGUGAUAUUAGGUUUAGGCCUGCUUUUAUCUCCACCAUUCUGAGAGCGUUGUUUCAUCUUCUUCCUUAAAAUUCGAAAAGCUACCGGUUACUUUUCAUCUGCUUAAAGUCCUUAUUAAUCCAUCAAAUGAGAGCUUCCUCCAUGAAAGGUGGUGGAACUGCGACUAUAAAAAUAAUGGUCAAGUACAGUAGUGUGCUCGAUCCACGAGAGGCUGAAACAUGGAGUCAUUCCAUUAUAAAACUGCAAAGUCUCUUACAUCAUAGAUUCCUCUCUCGGUGUUCCUCAAUGGGUUUUGGUUUUGUUCCUUACUUUACUUUCUCUCUGGAAGUUGGUGUCUUAAUAGCGUUCUCACAGCCUUCUCGCUGUCAAUCGAAAGAUGUUCACUGUCUCUUGGAUUUUGGACAGUGAUGGGUUUUGUUCUAUUUCGGUGUAACUUCGAACCCGAGGCUGAUAAUUUCUAAAGGAGGUCGCUUUUGUUGAUCUAAAACUCAUUACCAUAGAAUCUCAAGAUUGCGACUUUACAUGGAUUUACGUGUUUUUAGGGAAUGGUUCCUUUAGUAUAUAUAAAGUUUGCUACUUUGAUUUGGUGCUAGCUUCGUAUAUAUGGUUUUAACAUAUUUUUUUUGAGUUUCAGGUGAUAGCCGUCAAUGGGCAGUUUCCAGGACCUUUGUUUAAUGCUACGACCAACUAUAAUGUUGUUGUUAGAGUCUAAAUUGGAUGAGACUCUUCUUUUAACUUGGCCUUGGCCACCUGGCAUCCAAAUGCGGCGUAACUUGUGGCAAGACGGUCUUCUUGGCACACACUUCCCUAUUCCUCUGAGAUGGAACUUUACUUACCAGUUUCAGGUGGAAGAUCAAAUUGGAAGGUUCUUCUACUCUCCCUGACUCAACUUUCAGAGAGCAUAUGGCAAUUUUGGUUAUUUUUUAAUUAAUAACCGGAACAUUAAUUUUAUCCUUUUCCCACAGCCUAACGGCGAAAUGGUACACUCAAUACCAUAAGGUAGGUAAUCAUCACUUUGGUCUUUUGUCUGUGUUUCAUUAUCGUCGCCCUUUUUAAUCUAUACCUUUGCUUUUCUGGUUUUAAGGAGAAUACAUGAUUAUGGGAAAGAACUUGGGAUGCCGGAUGGAGUCUCAUCAUUGGAAAGGGUCCUUACAAGUACAACUACAGUAGUGUACCUGUUUGACUAAGAGUUUUUCUCACUUUGUCUCAUGAGAUGGAUCUCUUCUAAUGUGACUUUCCCUGUGGGGAAACCCUUCAGAGCUUGAAGCUCGCGUUGUUUACUUUCUCUACAAUUCUAGAUUUUAGUACAACUUUAUUGUAACAAUAAUUUCGUGUCCUCUAGAUUCAUAUAAAUUACUUUCUGCUAA